CCGGAUAAAUACCUCCCGGGCUCCCGGGGACAAGCGGACGCUACCCGCACCGCCGUCCGCGCCGCCCGCGCCGCCCGCACAGCUGUCCGCAGGGCACCGAGCCGCCCGGCUUAGGCGCGGCGCCCGCUCCUCCUCCUGCGGCCGGCGCGGAGCAGCGGAGAGCGGCGGGCUCGGCCGCCGGCGCCCGGGCCGAGGAGCCGAUGAGCGGCGGCGGCUGAGGGCCCGGGCCGGCCUCUGCCCGCCCUCUGCCCGGCGCCCGAGCGGGGCCGCAGCGCCCGGGGCGCGGGUCCGGGCCGGUGACAUGGGGGCGGACUGAAGCACCCGGGGCGGCCGAGCGCUCUCUCUAGAGCCGCGGGGCUCUCCUCCGCGGCUGCGGCGGCUGCGGGCGCCCGGCCCGGCGCGCUGUGCCCGGGGCGCCCGCGGGAGCCUCCGCUGCGCUUCUAUGCGCCUCUGCGGGCGCCGUGGGCCCGGGCCAUGGCGAUAGACCGGCGGCGCGAGGCAGCGGGCGGCGGGCCCGGGCGGCAGCCGUCCCCGGCCGAGGAGAACGGCUCCCUGCCGCCCGGGGACGCGGCGGCCUCGGCGCCCCUCGGGGGACGCGCGGGCCCCGGCGGCGGUGGAGGGGAGAUCCAGCCGCUGCCCGCCCCGCAUCCCGCCGCCGGCGGCCCCCACCCGGGCUGCAGCUCGGCGGCGGCGGCCCCGAGCCUCCUGUUGCUGGACUACGACGGGUCGGUGCUGCCCUUCCUCGGGGGCCUGGGCGGGGGCUACCAGAAGACCCUCGUGCUGCUCACCUGGAUCCCGGCGCUGUUCAUCGGCUUCAGCCAGUUCUCGGACUCUUUCCUCCUGGACCAGCCGAACUUCUGGUGUCGCGGGGCCGGCAAAGGCGCGGAGCUGGCGGGGGUCACCGCCACGGGCCGGUGGGACGCCGGCGACUUGGCCAACUGGACCAGCCCCCCGACCACCCCCUUCUCCACUGCCUCCUGGGAAGCCGCGGGCAACCUUAGCAACGGCAGCGGCGGGGACGGGGGAGACACGCCACCCCUGCCGUCCCCUCCGGACAAGGGGGACAACGCCUCCAACUGCGACUGCCACGCGUGGGACUACGGCAUCCGCACAGGCCUCGUCCGAAACGUGGUCAGCAAGUGGGAUCUUGUGUGUGAUAAUGCCUGGAAGGUCCAUAUCGCUAAGUUCUCCUUACUGGUUGGAUUAAUCUUUGGCUACCUAAUAACUGGAUGCAUUGCUGACUGGGUCGGCCGGCGGCCUGUGCUGCUGUUUUCCAUCAUCUUCAUUCUGAUCUUUGGACUAACCGUGGCACUGUCCGUGAAUGUGACAAUGUUCAGCACACUCAGGUUCUUUGAAGGAUUCUGCUUGGCUGGAAUAAUUCUUACCUUGUAUGCAUUACGCAUAGAGCUGUGCCCCCCCGGAAAACGGUUCAUGAUCACGAUGGUGGCGAGCUUCGUGGCCAUGGCGGGGCAGUUCCUCAUGCCCGGGCUGGCCGCCCUGUGCCGGGACUGGCAGGUCCUCCAGGCCCUCAUCAUCUGUCCCUUCCUGCUCAUGCUGCUCUACUGGUCGGUCUUCCCCGAGUCCCUGCGGUGGCUGAUGGCCACCCAGCAGUUUGAGGCCGCCAAGAAGCUCAUCCUGCACUUCACGCAGAAGAACUGCAUGAACCCCGAGAGCGACAUCAAAGGUGUGAUGCCCGAGCUGGAGAAGGAGCUUUCCCGGAGGCCCAAGAAGGUCUGCAUCGUGAAAGUGGUGGGAACCCGGAACCUGUGGAAAAACAUCGUGGUCCUGUGUGUGAACUCGCUGACGGGCUACGGGAUCCACCAUUGCUUUGCCCGGAGCAUGAUGGGCCACGAAGUGAAGGUGCCGCUCCUGGAGAAUUUCUAUGCCGACUACUACACCGUGGCCAGCAUCGCCCUGGCGUCCUGCCUGGCCAUGUGCUUGGUGGUCAGGCUCCUGGGGCGCAGGGGCGGGCUGCUGCUCUUCAUGAUUCUCACCGCCCUGGCCUCGCUUCUGCAGCUCGGGCUCCUCAACCUGAUUGGGAAGUACAGCCAGCAUCCAGACUCAGAGUUGCAGCUGAAGUUGGCCGUAGGUAUGAGUGAUAGCGUCAAGGACAAAUUCUCCAUCACGUUUUCCAUCGUGGGCAUGUUCGCCUCCCACGCGGUGGGAAGCCUCAGUGUAUUCUUCUGUGCCGAGAUCACCCCCACGGUCAUCAGGUGCGGCGGGCUGGGGCUGGUGCUGGCCAGCGCGGGCUUCGGCAUGCUAACAGCGCCCAUCAUCGACCUGCACAACCAGAAAGGCUACUUCCUGCACCACAUAAUUUUUGCCUGCUGCACGCUCAUCUGCAUCAUCUGCAUCCUCCUGCUGCCUGAGAGCAGGAACCAGAACCUGCCCGAGAACAUCUCCAAUGGGGAGCACUACACUCGGCAGCCGCUCCUGCCCCACAAGAAGGGGGAGCAGCCCCUCCUGCUCACCAACGCCGAGCUCAAGGACUACUCCGGCCUCCACGAUGCGGCCACUGCAGGGGACGGGCUGCCUGAGAAUGCCACGGCCAAUGGCAUGAAGUCCAUGUAGCUCUGGGCACGGCCUUCCCUAUAGGGGGCACUGUGGGCACUGGGGACUUGGGGGCUGUUUGGGCACAGGUUUACAGACCGGGGACCAAACACGUGGCUGGGGGGCAGGAAAAUCAGGUUCUGCUGCUGCUGCCGUGGAUCCCAAGACCGUCAGCUGGUGUGGGUAAAUUCUGUCUUUCCAGAACUUUAAGGAUCAUGUAUGAGGAAGCAAACUCUUUGAAAAUAACCCUUCAGACUUUCUUUUCUGCCAUGAAAUGUUUGUAUUUAUUUUGGUCAUUUUUACGAGAAGCACUUUAUUCCCUUUCCUCUAACUGAUCUCAAAACAGAACCACCUUCUUCGGAAGAGGGACACGGUUGCCAAGGAGGACGCUGUAAGUAGCCAGCACAGCAGCCCUGGAGGUCACACCAUGCUCGCCCAGCACCCCACUGCGGAGCCAGGGGUCACUCACUCUGGGCCCAUGCCCCACGAGGCCGCCUGCCUGUGUGCAGACAGACUGACCUGUCAUGGAGUGGCUCCAUGACUGCAUUGUAGACAGAGUGAAAUGUAAAUGAGUAGGAUUUUGCUAGAGAGUCUGUGUAUGGUUUUUAAAGGGUUUUCUUGUGUGUGUGUUUAUGAGGUAAGAGCUUCUGUUCCAUGUGCUGGGGGAAAGCAGCUCCCAAAUAUCAUUAAAACCAGCUUAGUCUUUCCUUCGAGAUCAUCCUUUUGUACUUGACGCUGGAAGCUCCUUGGGGGAAAGUGUAAACAUUUCACCAGAAAUCCUAUGUAACGAGGGGUACUAAGGCCAUGGUUUGUCAACAUGGGUUCUCCUGGCCGAGCUCACCACAAGCAAAGGUGUGGAGAGGUGAGGCGCGGUAACGUCAGUCAUACUCCUUCCCGGGUUUAGCUCCAGCAGGAAAGUCCCCUCUGUCACACUCGGCUUCCUCGCCAGCACAACCUGAACACGAGGCCACUUUCUGAACUGAAAACCAAUAGGAAACUGACAGACCACUGAGGCAAGCCCACAGGAGCGAGGGCUGCUCUCCAGGACACGGCCCGUCACCCACAUCUCGAGCACAUGCCGCGUGGAAAUCACCAGCCUGGAUGACUGUCAGCUCUCACGGACUUCGCACUGACAGACUGCAAAGCCUGUGGGAGCCACUCCCCCACGCAGCCCUGCCUUUGCCUGCUUCCUGCUUCCUGUCACUUCUGUCAGCACGGAGUGGGGGGAGGGCAAGGACUCUCACAGGUGAGUCCACCCGACCUCUGGCCUCUCCAAGCAUCAAGACCAGUUGAGAGAAAGCAAUAACUCACCAAAGUUCAACACCCACCCCGCCCCCAACAGCCAAGGGUUUUGUGUUCCUCAUUGCGUCCCAGACAGUGAAGGCUUCGUCCUGCCUUUCCAGGUCAGACUUUCUGCGCCUAUCUGAGGGGCGCAUCAUGGGAGACAUGGAGGGCCUCCUCAAGGACAUCCAGGGGCCACGAACAAACAAGCUUCAUUGGUGCAGGCAGGCACUGCCUUGUAGCAACACAGGCACCCGAUUUUUUGGACAGCCUGGUUUCUUUCUAGAAUUGUCCACCUCCGCACUUUGUGACACAUGUCUUUGCUGUGAGCUGUGUUCUUCCUGGGAAAUUGUGGUCUUGAGUCUGUGCAGCAGUUAGGUGACUUCCAAUGGACAGCUGCUAGAACUCAAAAGGGCCAGGAAAGAGGCUGAGGAAACUUCCCUUUCUCCCCGUCCAGCUUUCCAACUGGUCUGUUCGCAGUCCACCCACCAGCCUCCUCCAAAACUGCUAGACCCCAGUACGAGCCCGCUGACGGAAUGAAAACAGUGUGAGGAGGUGAGCAAACCCGCAGGCAUGCACGAUUCCAGGGAGUAAACUGCAUUAUCUGUUUCAUCACUGGUGCCUGGGAACAAAGGCCACCAGGCAGUCUCUCCCCAGCUCCAGAUGCUCCAAGCCCAGCUCACCCGCACCUCCCUUCGUCUCUUUUAAGUCACUUUCAUUCCAUGUUUCAAUGUUAGUCUGCAUUCACCUUAAUUUGAGAUCUUUACAUCUCUGCAGCCUUCAUGUGCCAAACUUGUGGGAAUACCGUUUGCCUUUUUCAGAGUACUUACUACAGAGCCACCGUGCGGCAAGACCCAGUAAGCGUAGGCCACUGGGCAGGUGGGAAAGUGGGAAGGAGCCUGCGUGGCCCCCGGGGCCGCACCUGGCCAGGUAUAUGUCUGCAUCCCUCACCCCAGGGCCAGGACAGCCCACUUGCUGUCCUCCAGGACUUGGGCAUGUUCGCUCACUGUCUGCACGGACCUUCUGUGAGAACCGUCCCAAAGCUGUCGAGUGCCAUCAGUCAUCUCUAGCCAGGAAGGCAGAGGCAAGGCACGGCACAUACAAAGUCCUGUUCCUCGGUCUCUGAUCUCCACGUGAUGGGACAACUGUAAAGACCAGUCCAGAGGAGACAGCCGUCAACACUGUCGCUUCAGUGAUCCGGACUAGAAGAGAAGCUGGCUAUGAGGGCUGGGCUCUUGGGACCAAAGUCUAGCAGACGUGAACAUGGCUGACUCACCAACAAAGAGGUCCCACAACUCCUCUCUGCAGGCUUAGGCUGAGCUCCUGCUCUGUUACUGGUUUGGCUUCGGGAUACCUGAAGCUCUUAAGGAACGAACACCUUUAUGAGAUGGAGACAAGGCAGGAAAGGUUCUAUGUGGGCUGAGCUCAGGGCGCGAUCCCAUACCAUGUGAGCGAGGCAGCAGGGGCCCCCCAGAGUCUGAGCUGUCUGCACCUGCCCUGCUCGGUAAGGGAGGGGGCUGCAGCCACCAGCUCCCUGGCGCAGGUCAGUAACGUAUGGACUCCUCAGUCCUAUUUCCUUUGUGCUUAGUGAGGAAACACUUCUCAGGCACCUGCUACUUCAAGUCCGCCUUCCCCACCACCUCUACCCCUCCACCAGCUGCCCAGGGAGACAUCCCAAGGUACGUGCUCCAGCUUCCUCCUCUGCCACCCACUCCUGCACCCUGCUAUCCUAUCAGGGAGCUGUGAUCCCCUUCCAAUAAAAGUUAUGCACAAAUGUGAACACCUGAGACAGGGCUGGAUACUUCUUCAUUUUGUUCUCUUCCAGAAGUCAGCAGUAACACCACAUACCCCGAAACAUCAGCGCCCCAGACAAAUAAGGAAACCGUUUUAAGCGCUUUAUUUUCUAAGAGUAAAAUCACAUGUGACUAGGGGAAGGGGGCUGGUAGGUUUGUUUGGCCACAGAAGAGAAAGAGAGCAAAACUAAACCUCAUAAAGGAAGUAACUGCACUCAAACAUGACCACUUCCUAGAGCCAAACAAGAAAUGACUGAAGUGCCAUUAAAUGACCUGUGUGACCAUCGCAUCGCCCGGCCCCUAAGUGGCGCGCGGGUGCACAGCACGUGCUGGGGGAGCCCACAUUUCAACUUUUAAAGAACACCUCACUUCAAUGUAUUGUGUGUUUGGAAAAGCAGUACAGUGUGUUACGUGUAGUGGGGAAUACUUCCCUCCCUCUGUCCUCUCGGCAACCCCCACAUCUGAGGUUUCUGUGUAAGACCCGUGUUACUGUAUGUGUCGACCGGGGCUCCUCUGGAGGUGCUCAUUCAUAGCACAAGCCUAAACUGAAUUCUGAACUGUCGUUCAAAGCUAAACGUCUGCAUGAUGUCACAUCUGUUGUACCUUUGGGGAAAAUUUGUAUGUAAAUGUACAGAAAUAAAAAAUGUUGCCCCACUAACAAAUUUCCACUGGAAUGUCUUCCCUACCUCAUCUGAUGGUAUCCAAUGAAGGGCAUUUCACAACCAUUGACUACAAGUAAUAAAAACUCCACCUGUUGAUGCAGCUCUCACUGUCCUACUUCAGCGCCUCUGUAAACCGAGUCUUUGCUCUCACCCCGAGGGGACAGUGGGCGGCCUCGCACCUCGCUUGCGGGGUCCUAAUCUUAAAGGCAGGCAGAGGCAGAGGUCGGAUUGCACGCAAACUGUUCCCUUAGUGAUGUUCUCAGACCACCUGAGAAGCAAGGGCCAUCAGCAAACUGAAGAGUUCUUGCCUCGUGUGUACUGAUGUCCUGCUAACCCAUGGCCUGAUGGUUCCUAGAGAGGUCAAGAGAGGACUCUCUUACACUGUGAUUCUGUGAGGAAGUUCUGAUAACCCAAAACUCUCUUCUUUAAUGUAGUAUUUUUUAACAAGAAAACACUAUUUCUUUAAUAAAGUAUUUAUACCAAA